AUGGCCGCCGGCUGGUAUAUCUGGUGUCUUAAUAAGACUAAUGUUGACGUGGAUGUAAGAUACUUGUGUCACGAGAAUUGGUCUCACGUUGGGCCCGAAUAUGAAAACAUCUACACCGUUACCAUCAUGUUUCUACAAUAUAUCAUUCCGUUCUCCGUGCUGCUCUUUACGUACACAAGCAUCGCAAUCGUAAUUUGGUGUCAUCGAAUACCAGGUGAAGCGGAAAAUUCGAGAGAUCAACGAAUCGCCAAAUCCAAAAGAAAGAUGGUGAAAAUGAUGGUCACUGUCGUGUUUGUGUUCAGUGCUUGCUGGCUGCCCUUCAACAUACUUUGGGUUGUGCAGGAAUCCAUCAGUGACCAAUUGAAACCGUAUUUAUGGUUUGCUCUGCACUGGCUGGCAAUGUCGCAUGCUUGCUACAAUCCCAUCAUUUACUGUUAUAUGAAUUCAAGAUUCAGAGCAGGAUUUAUUCGAGCGUUCAGGAUAAUACCUUGCUUCCGUCGAUGUUUACCCUCAUUUUCUAUGCUGCAUCCUAAAAAUACAAGUUUUCCACUGACAAGUAAGUUAAAGUAUGGAGAAAACCGAAAGCAGCCUUCUACAUCGAAGCAGCACUUCGAAAACACUCAACAGCACAAGAAGGUCGACUAUUAUUAAUAGUACGGCAUCAUGUAAACAGCUAUCGGCAAAAUCCACAUCCUUUGAUGUUUC